CAAAUCCCUCGGGUCAUUUGGACUCUUCCGAGCUCAGUAGCGGUGGGUCUUUAAAAGAAGACCCCCAGUAAACCUUAAGCAAACUCACAACUCUCUCCUUCGGAUCCAUUUCAGCACUCCAAAAGGUGGGGUUAAAUCCUCCUCACAAAAACCUCAAGUGCUGAACAGCACACUCCCUCCUUUUUCUUCUCCACCUCCUCCCGUCACCAUAUAUAAUCCCCUCUUUGGUGAACCACCAUCAGCCAACCCAACACAGUAGAAACAAUUAAGGACUCCCUUUCCUUUCUUAGCUACUAGAACAUUACCUACAUGAAGAAAUCACCUCCCUCUCCUCCUCUCCCAGCAUCUCGUUCCUCUUCGCCUUCCAACCAUGCACCCCUUUCUUCUCCUAACGUGAACCCUGUGAACAAGCCCAGGUCGAAGUCGAAGUCCAAGCCAAAACAUAGGAAAGGUAAGAAACCAGAUAAAGCACAUCCGGACAGUAUCAAGAGAAGAAGCUCUAUCUACAGAGGAGUCACAAGGCACCGAUGGACUGGGAGAUUUGAAGCUCACCUGUGGGACAAGAAUUGGCAGCACCCUGUCCAAAACAAGAGAGGCAGACAAGUUUACUUGGGAGCCUAUGAUGCUGAGGCUGACGCUGCUCGAGCUCAUGACCGAGCUGCCCUUAAGUUCUGCGGGCCGGAAGCAAUCUUAAAUUUUCCUGUGGAAACGUAUAGAGAAGAAUCUGAGGAGAUGCAAGCCAUGUCCAAGGAAGAGUUGGUGGCUUCUCUUCGGCGCAGGAGCGACGGCUUCGCCAGGGGUGUCUCUAAAUACCGUGGGGUGGCCAGGCAUCAUCACAACGGCCGGUGGGAGGCCAGGCUCGGCCUGGUACUUGGCUACAAAUACCUGUACUUGGAACCUACGCUACAAUGUAUUACUGCAAGCAACAACGGGAACACCUUUGCUGGUGACACGCGAGAUACACAGACUCAAGAGGAGGCUGCCCAGGCUUAUGAUCUGGCUGCUCUGCAAUUCAAAGGCCCAGAUGCGGUGACCAACUUUGAUAGCUGUUUAUACGUGAACUACCCCUCGACCAUGCGUAAAGCUACACCAAGGCCUCAGAUCAGCCCACCCCAGGAGCCCAGGGUUGGGCCUAUGGAACCAAGGGAGUCCAUUGAUCAGACGGUCCCAAGUGAAGACAUCUGGGAUGCCAUCACAUGGAGCACCAUUGGCAUGGACAUCUCCAACCACGUCGGCUUUGAGGGUGACAUUGAGCAGCUCUUUGAAGGGUUUGAGACCUUCAGCUCCGAUGCCGGUGAGGGUUCCUUGGAAGGAGAAAUAGGACAAGUAAUGGAGGGUGGUCUGAAGCCCGUGAUCAGCCCCAAUGGAUCUAUGCUGCAGUAUCCCAUAAUCCACAUAGGUUAUGGGUCAG